CAGUGAUAAUCACAAUGGAUUGUAGACUGUCAGUGAUCUCGCUGCUUAUAAUCGUAUUGUCAGGGCCUGUUACAUCAGAUGUCCCUUAUGCAGGAAUGUUUCUGUCAUCAAUUCCUGUGCAUCGUUCAGGCUUGAGAAAAUAAGAAACGCAAGUUGUUCUUUCGAUAGAGACUUGUGUACAUAUCAGAAUCUGAACCCUGAUGCCAUAUGGGAGUUAAAAAAAGACACCGUGGGAGGAUUCUUGGGAUUUGGAUCGACAGGACAACACACAAACAACAAAGGGUUUUACGUUCAACCGCAUGAGAGUUCUGCUAGAGCAAUGGCUGGGACUUCUUUCGAACUGGCGUUACCGGAGAUGUCUGUAGGUGCUGUGUGUGUCGAGUUCUGGUUUGAUAAACGAGGCAGUGCCACAACAAAUCUACAGGUUGUCGUGGAGUGUCCAACCGGUCGCAGAAAUUUAGCCUGGCAAGGUCAUACUGAUAAAUACAAAUGGACGCAGGUAUCAUUACUGCUACAGAUGGAGACUUCAUAUAAGGUGAUUUUUAAAAUGGAGAAAGAAGACAGUUCACACGUGACCGGAUUAGAUGACGUCAAUGUUUAUACGGUGAAAUCUGUCGAUUUACCGAACAAUAGUCACCAUCUGUAUUGCGAGCAGACGACAGCGGCUAUGUACCUCGAGGAAACGACAACGGCAACUAUUCCCAAAGAAUUUUAUGGCAAUGAUUCCGCCAUCAACUGCACGUUCGAGAACAGUUCCUGUUCAUGGCGCAUCGGCGACCACAGUGACUUUGACUGGCAUAUCGGAGAUAGUAACGACGUGAAAGGAUUAUCUGCUCCUAAAUCGGAUCAUACCAAUGGAGAUGGAAGGUACGCCUACAUCCGAGGAAUGGAAGCAAGGAACUCCUCUUGGAAGGCCGUAUUAUCGAGUAACGCCAUUGACUCAGAUGUACAGCUUCAAUUUUCUUUUUGGUACAUAAUGAAUGGCUUAGGGGUUGGAUCCCUAAGUUUAUACCAGACAUUUUCCGAUGGAGACACCCAAAACGUGUGGUCACGAAAUGGUCGUCAGGGGCCGGAUUGGAUCCAGGCGGUCGUUAACCUGUCGCCCGGAAUGUACACAAUACUAUUUGAGGCCCAAACGAAGUACCACUACCUAAGCGACCUAGCUAUUGACGACACCAUCCUUACUAACAUUACAUUAACUACAACUACGACCCCUCCAACCACCACUCUGCCGUCCCCUGUGCCGCUUCCUUUAUCCUGUAACUUUGAGUUGGACACGUGCGGGUUUUCUCCGCCGGUGACUGAUCCCGGCUACGUUUUGUGGGAAAGGACAAAGAGUCCAUUAACGGUCCUCAAACGAGUUUACGUCAUGGGGGACAACACAACGGGAUCAGGAACAUUUCUGUCCCUUCGUCCCAAUGGCGCCCAGGCACACCGCGGUGAUGUGGCGUCCAUCCGUUCCCCGGCUCUUGAAGCAAAUACGGCCGCCUGCUUCCGCCUAGCCUACAUCAUGCCAAGUACUUUGAGUGGCACAAUCACCGUGUAUAAGAGAAAGGUUCAAAAUGGAGAGUUACACUUGUUGGAACACCUCAGCGGCUACCAAGGCCAACACUGGCAAAGUCUACAGGUCGAUUUGCAGAGUUCUGACACUUUCCAGAUAGAAAUCAAGGGAUCCUAUGCUGGAGAACCUGGUGCCGUCAUCGGAGUUGACGAUAUGUCUUUGGAAAAUGGACCAUGCCCCGUAACAACAAUGCCCAUUCCAUCAACGACAACGACCCUCCCUCCUCCUCCAUUUGAAGUCGACCCUGUUUGUAGUGAUCAUGACGACCAACACAUCGCUGAUAUGUCGUGCUCGUUCGAUUCCUCUGCAUGUUCGUAUUCAUCUGUAGGGGAUAAACUACAGUGGAUUCAGCUCAACGAUUCAUAUCCCAGGAUCACAGGAGGAAAAACGGGACCGUAUAUUGUCCUCGACACGACUCAAUUAACAACACCGCACGGAUCCAUUGCACAGUUAAAAAGUCCUGUCUUCAAUGGUUCAGGCAUUUGUUUGACGUUUUGGUACAUUAAUCCGUCCGUGUCGUCAAACUUAGAGGUUUUGAUGGAGUUCAUUUCUGGCGCAAAAGCCUCUAUAUGGUCAACAGACAAACAAGCACAUUCCGAAUGGCAAUCUGUCGCACUGAGUGUUAAAACACAGUCUGCUUACAAGCUUGUGUUCCAGUCGAUAAAAACGGACACGUAUGGGCCAAUUGGUAUUGACGAAAUAAACGUAUUUGAAACUUUAACAGGCUCGGCAUCAUCCAAAUCCACACAAACCUCUACGGCCAGCACAUCAAUGUCGUCAUCAAGAUCCACACAGACUGUGUCUACGGCCAGCGCAUCAAUGUCGCCAUCAACAACCACACGGGCUGUUCCAACGGCCAGUUCAUCCAAACCACUGACUACUCAACCAGGAAGGGCGCAUUCCUCAACAUCAUUACCUCCUUCCUCAUAUAUACCACAUUCUACUAUCAAACUGUCAGGAGAGACAUCAAGAUCAUUUCCAACAUCACAAGCAUCAACAAUUUACCAACCGUCUGUCCCAAGUAGUGGAAAACACGUGACAUCACCAUCAACCAUGCUAGUGAUGUCAUCGCCUAAAAAUACUAAAAUGCCAAUCUUAACAAAGAUUUUCACAUCUGCAAGUACCAAUGCAGUGUCGUCAACUGUGUCCGAAUCUGUCACACAAGACAAUUUAUUGAACUCUAAAACUACAAAAGAAACUUCUAAUGAGAGUAACAAUGAUAAAUCUACUGACAAUGACAGCAGUUCGAAGACAAAGGCAUUAUACAUAGGUCUUAGUGUGGCUGUUUUUGGUCUUUGUGGUAUUGUUUUAGCUGUCUACCUUCUCAAAAACAAAGUAAAAGUUUCAAAUCAAAAGGAUACGAAUGUGGCAAUGCACGACAUUGACAAAAUCGACGACAGUUUACAAAGUAAAACAGCUAGUAAAAACUCCACAGCUCCAGUAGCUGUUGUCGGGUUUACGAAACUGGAUGUGUAAAGUCUUAAUAUUUGCACAAUUACUAAUAUGUGUUGAAGUGUUUUGAACUUGUGAACGAUUUACAUUUAUCGUGUUAUACCUAUGUCUACGACAUUAUUUUUCUAAGAUGCUACAGCGGCGGUCACAAAAAUGCAUGAAAUGGCACCCACGGUAUAGAAAAUAUAUCUUAUUAACACCAACAAAUGACACCCACGGUAUAGAAAGAUAUAUCUUAACACCAGCAAAUGAAUAUGAAAAAAUAAAACUGCGUCCGAAUUUGUCACCUUGUAUCAGAGAGUCAGUACAGUAGCGCAGUUUAUACUUGUCUUCACUCGACCAUAACCAAUCUGUCAUCGCCGAUGUAGCAUCUUAUAAGUUCAAUGUGACGUGCAAAAGUAUGUUUUCUGUUUUAUAUCAGUUAGAAUAUUAAAAUUCACGAAAAGAUCUGAAUAUCCAUAUCUACCGAAAAGACUAAUUAACUUUUUACAAACGUUAUCUGUAUUAAAUAUAUCAAGUUCUGUGUAUCGUAUUCAGCCAAAACCACCGAUGUUUUCAUAUAACUUCAAAGCUUUCACCUGAAGUCUAACAGAGUGUAUUUUUAUUAUUCGAGAGUUGAGCGUUGUGGUUAGCUUUCUGAAGAUUUGUGUUCGCAAGUGGUUUUGCUAACAAUCGUUAUUUCGGUUAAAUGUUAUAUUAAAUUUCAAUAAAUACUAAGGUAUUCCUAUACCUUAAAAUAAACUAAUUUAGUGGAUCAUAUUUAUGAACUCGUAUUAAAUACAAAAUUUUAACGGAUGAGAAUAAAAAAUAACAAUGCAACGUUAAACAAUUAUUCCAUUUGUGAUUUCUAUGUAAUUCUAAUACCUUGCCUCCGAAACUCACUUAGGUUUACACUUACGUUAUAAACUAGGAUAGUCAAGCAUUGUCAUUUUUCAACUACAUUCUUUCUAAACAUAAAGUUUUCACCCUAAAAGUCUCGCUGUACGGAACAAAUAUUUCAUUGAUCAAAGUUUAUUGGCUCUAUAUUUACAGGAACAUAUGUGUCUAACAAGGAUUUGCGAGUAAUUUCAUACGAUUCAAUAAUCAGAAAAAUAAUUAUUGUUAUAUUUCUUUGAAAUGUUUUAACAUUGAUGUUCAUACUGGAAACUAUUGUUAUAUUAUGAUGCAUAAAUGCAAAAGUUGAUAUGAGUGAAAGCGAAUGUGUACAGAACGAGGAAAACUGAUUAAUACAUGCAUAAUUUAAUAUGAAUAUACAUUAUGUAUUUUUUUUUUAGAUAGACACUAUAAGAACAUUUAAUGUUUUAAUUGUAUUUAAGUAAGAUAAAUGUAUAUAUACUGAGUGUGUAUGUAAGUUUAUUAAAAUAUCAUAAUCUUGAAACGGUGCAUUAUUCAAGGUACGAUAUGUAAUAUGAAUUCAUUAAAUAUCUAUAUAUCAAUAUAUAUAUAUAUUGCGUAUACAUAAGUGUGAACACCAGUGUCGCCUUGUUUGUUUACUACCAGUCCACCAUUUACGAGAUGUCGCCUUGUUUGUUUACUACCAGUCCACCAUUUACGUGAUGUGGCCUUGUUUGUUUACUACCAGUUCACCAUUUACGUGAUGACGCCUUGUUUGUUUACUACAAGUUCAUCAUUUACGAGAUGUCGCCUUGUUUGUUUACUACCAGUCCACCAUUUACGUGAUGUCGCCUUGUUUGUUUACUACCAGUCCACCAUUUACGUGAUGUCGCCUUGUUUGUUUACUACCAGUUCACCAUUUACGUGAUGUCGCCUUGUUUGUUGACUACCAGUCCACCAUUUACGUGAUGUCGCCUUGUUUGUUGACUACCAGUCCACCAUUUACGUGAUGUCGCCUUGUUUGUUUACUACCAGUUCUCCAUUUACGUGAUGUCACCUUGUUUGUUUACUACCAGUCCACCAUUUACGAGAUGUCGCCUUGUUUGUUUACUACCAGUCCACCAUUUACGUGAUGUCGCCUUGUUUGUUUACUACCAGUCCACCAUUUACGUGAUGUCGCCUUGUUUGUUUACUACCAGUCCACUAUUUACGAGAUGUCGCCUUGUUUGUUUACUACCAGUCCACCAUUUACGUGAUGUCGCCUUGUUUGUUUACUACCAGUCCACCAUUUACGUGAUGUCGCCUUGUUUGUUUACUACCAGUCCACCAUUUACGUGAUGUCGCCUUGUUUGUUUACUACCAGUUCACCAUUUACGUGAUGUCGCCUUGUUUGUUUACUACCAGUCCACCAUUUACGUGAUGUCGCCUUGUUUGUUUACUACCAGUUCACCAUUUACGUGAUGUCACCUUGUUUGUUUACUACCAGUCCACCAUUUACGUGAUGUCGCCUUGUUUGUUUACUAACAGUCCACCAUUUACGUGAUGUCGCCUUGUUUGUUUACUACCAGUUCACCAUUUACGUGAUGUCGCCUUGUUUGUGUAUUGCCAGUUCACCAUUUACGUGAUAUCGCCUUUGUUUGUUUACUACCAGUCCACCAUUUACGUGAUGUCGCCUUGUUUGUUUAUUACCAGUCCACCAUUUACGUGAUGUCGCCUUAACUUAAUUUACUAUAAACGUACAUUUUUAAGCGGUUAUCUUAUAUUAUCGAAAUUCGUGCUUCCCUUAUUGGUUUGCUUUCUUUAACAUAUAUAUAAUUGGAGGUACACGACCAGUUUAAUAACGACACAUUAUGUGUGUUUACAGUAUAAUAGCAUAUACUCUAGACAUGUAGUAGUUAUGGUUGCUUUGUAUAAGUUAGUAUGUAGUGACGUGAUUAAAACUCCUCUAACACUUGUAUAUCAAAGUUGGCCUUGAGAGAUAGUAGUAUUUUGCAAAUGAACGAAUCGAGGUUUCAUUUCAAUUUUAAUACACCUGUUGUGUUGGUUUUGUCACGCUAAUAUACAUUCGUAAUUAAUAUUUCAGGAGCGUAUUAGACUCAGAUCUUAUUUUCUUGAUCGUGAAAAUAAUGGUUUGCAUAGUUUUAUAAUUGUAUAUAUGAUUUAUUUAUCUAAUAAAUGGUGUUACUCUU